UAAAUAGAUUUCAACUUAACUUACAGUCUGAGCAGAACCCUGACCACUUUUGGGGUCCACCCACCUCUUCCUCCUCCCCCUUUCUUGCCCUUCCAUCCCUCUCUGACUCACUUGUCAGCAGUCGCGCUGAAGCCGGGCUCCAGACUGAGCAAGACAGCAGGUGAAGUCAUGGAGGAUUAUUUUAAGCUGUUCUAAUGAGACCUGAAUGAAAGCAGGCAUCCCACCAUCACCACCUGGGAAACUAAGUGGAUUGAAGGCGGUCGAGGGCGCCAGAGAGGAAGGGAAGACAGAGUGGGGAUUAGCAGCUAAUCCGGUCUGUGGACAAUCCCAAAGGAGCUUUAUCGUUCUUCCAAGACGAUGCAGACAAAACAGUUGCUGGAUUACAACGCUUUACUUUAUUGCCCUUUUCACGAAAGCGUCACCCUGGUUUUUCCGUCCCACUGACCGCCUCUGAAGACUGUCUGCAGUUGAGAAGAACUCAGGAAGCAAGAACACCGGAGAGGAGGGAGGAUGCUCCAUGGACCAUGUGCCUCCACAUACAUGGCUAACUCUUUUUAGAGGAAGUCAGAACCGUGGAACUCGUCUUUUCAGUGUGACUGUUGAGGAAUACCAGAGUGGACCGGUUCUGUGGAGCAGAUCCAGGAUCCGGGGAGAAGUUCUGACCUGUUGAAAGUCCUGACAGGUCUCACUAACAUGGACCCAAAAGCGGAUCUGUCUUGACCGACAUGUUCUCCGGGUUCCGACGUCUUCAUUCAGUUUGAGGGGAAGUUCCACAGCCUUUCUCCUGCCAUGAGUUCAGGAAAACUGCCAGGGAUUAAAGGCCUCAUGUCGGGCUCCCAGGGGAAGCGUCGCUUCAAAAGUGACCUCUCAGUGGACAUGAUCAGCCCCCCGUUGGGGGACUUCCGACACACGAUGCACGUCGGCCGCGGAGGGGAUGUUUUCGGAGACACUUCCUUCCUCAGCAACUAUGGAGGCGUCAGGGAGCCGGGAAGCCCGGACUCUGCCAACAGCUCCAAGUCAACCGGCUUCUUCACGCGCACAUUUCGUCACGUACGGAGGACUUCCACGCAGCGGCCGCGCGGGGGCUCCAGAGACCUGUCCUCCCCGCCGCCAGAGAUCUCCCCCAUCAUCAAGAAUGCCAUCUCCCUGCCUCAGCUGAACAUCGACUCUCCCAACGGGUGCCUGCAGAGGGUGCUGUUCCCCAGCUCCAUCAGCUCCACAGACUCCUUCUGCACAUAUGGCGUGCAUUCUGGGUUUGUGACUUUGCCCCGCCUUCCACGCUUUGAAAGACAGUUCCAAGAUGGAGAAAGUUCCUCAGGCGGCGCUCUGACGCGCUCCGACUCAAUGGCCUCCUUCACCGUGGAUCUAGGCCCUUCUCUCAUGAGUGAAAUGUUGAGUUUGAUUGACAACGCCAGCUCCCUUCAGCUGUCCAAUCACAGGCAGGCCACAGAUGAGGACGAGGAUGGAGGUGAAGAUGAGGACAGUUCUCUGACAGAAACACCCGUGGAGACCCCAAAGGUGACCUCGCCCAACCUUUCCCUGUGCAGCGAGUCUCUCAGUCUGAAUGGGAGGAGCUCUAACUGGACGGAGCGGGACAGAAGCUCUAGAAGGACCUCUGAUGUCUCCUCAGCAUCUCCUCUUGGGCCGGAGCCUGUAAUGGAGGCAGAGCGGUUCCAGAGAGCGGCUGACGUUCUGGCCCGUCAUUAUGGAGGCGGUUCUUUCACAAAGGCGAAGAGGAACAGUAACGCCGCCUCUCCGACUGUUUACAAAAACCACAAAAGCCCACAUGCCUUAUCUGAGGAGGAGGAGGAGAUCAAGGUGUAGAGGUUAAAAAACACAAACUUUCUGUUUCGAAGUUCUCAUGACAUCAGUAGAACUUUCCUAACAGAUCUGAUUAUGGUCUGUAUUCUAAAGAAUUGUAUAUAUUUACACAGCUAACAUGCAUUUAUGCUGUUUUUAAUAACUGGUAAGUUAGGCAACAGUAAAGAUUAAUUGUUUUUUUUUUUUUUUUACAGUACUGAAGCUUAAAAUAUCUAUUAUAUUACAAGAUGUCACACACUGUGAACAGAAUAAUCUUUGUAAACAUUUAUAACUGCAAAUAUUUGAUGACUUUAUAUGUAAUUCUGGAUUUAUUUGUAAAUGUUUUGUCUUCUUUCCAAACAUAAAAAUACUAAAGACUGCUAAUUCAUAUUUUAAUCUUUGGUUUCCUGUUUGGUCAAAUUAAUUAUUUUUCACUGCCCACUUCAUUUUUUUAUUUGAAGUAGCACUACUUCUGCUCCUGAAGUUUCAGCUUUCACAGUCUGAGUGAUCUGUUUGUAUAAAUGAGAACAUCUGCAUUAAUUACUUCAUCUUGGUUUUCCAACAUGUUUUAGAAACAUUACGUCUUAAAAAAAAGAUUAGGGUGGUGAAGGGCUGACACACAGAAGCCCUGGCUUCGAUUCCCAGGGUUGUCCACUGAUCUCCAUCC